AUGGCAGUCGGCGUCGUCCCCGAAAGCCAGGAGCGGCGCCACUACGGAGGCCGGAUCACCGCCUUCGUCGUGCUCUCCUGCAUCACCGCCUGCAUGGGCGGCGUCAUCUUUGGAUACGACAUCGGAGUCUCUGGUGGCGUGUCGUCCAUGGACGCGUUCUUGCGGAAGUUCUUCCCGGAGGUGUACGAGCAGAUGCAGGCAGAUACGGGCGUCAGCAACUACUGCCGGUUCAACAGCCAGCUGCUCACCGCCUUCACGUCCUCGCUCUACGUCUCCGGCCUCGUGACCACGUUCCUCGCCUCUUCGGUCACCGCCAGAUACGGCCGACGCCCAUCCAUGAUCGUCGCCGGCGCCGCGAUUAUUGCCGGCGCCGCUGUCGGAGGAGCGUCCGUGGAUCUCUCGAUGGUGAUCCUUGGCCGGGUCCUGCUUGGCGUCGGCCUGGGAUUCGGUAAUCAGGCGGUGCCUCUGUACCUGUCGGAAAUGGCUCCGCCGUCGCGUCGAGGAGGGUUCAGCAAUGGGUUCCAGCUCUGCGUCGGCAUCGGGUCCCUCGCCGCGCAGCUGGUCAACUUCGGCACGGAAAAGAUCGAAGGCGGCUGGGGCUGGCGGGUGUCGCUCGCCGUGGCCGCCGUCCCGGCCGGGCUGCUCACUGUCGGCGCGCUAUUCCUCCCGGAGACGCCCAACAGCCUCGUGCAGCAAGGCAAGGACCACCACAGGGUCAGAGUGCUACUGCGAAAGAUUCGAGGGACCGACAUCGUGGAGGACGAGCUGGACGACAUCGUCAAGGCGGAUAGAUCGAACAAGACGAGCACCAGGAGCGGCCUGCAGAUGAUCGUGUUCCAGCGGCGGUACCGGCCUCAGCUCGUGAUGGCCGUGAUGAUCCCGUUCUUCCAGCAGAUGACGGGGAUCAACGCGAUCGCGUUCUACGCGCCGGUGCUGCUGCGCACCAUCGGCAUGGGGGAGAGCGCGGCGCUGCUGUGGGUGGUGGUGAAGCAGACGAUCGGGGUCGGGGCGACGCUGGUGUCGAUGUUCGCCGUGGACCGGUUCGGCCGCCGGACCCUGUUCCUAGUCGGCGGCGCCCAGAUGCUCGCGUCGCAGCUCAUGAUCGGGGGCGUCAUGGCCUCCCAGCUCGGCGACCACGGCGAGGUCGGCAGGAGGUACGCGCUGGUGCUGAUCGGCCUGAUCGCCGUGUACCAGGCCGGGUUCGGGUGGUCGUGGGGUCCGCUGGGGUGGCUGGCGCCGAGCGAGAUCUUCCCUCUGGAGGUGCGGUCGGCGGGGCAGGGCAUUGCCGUGGCGGUCAACUUCCUGCUCACGACGUUCGUGGCGCAGUCGUUCCUUGCCAUGCUCUGCGGCAUGAAGGCCGGCAUCUUCUUCUUCUUCGCGGCGUGGCUCGUGGUGAUGACCGCGUUCAUCUACCUCCUGCUACCGGAGACCAAGGGCCUGCCCAUCGAGCAGAUCGGAGAGCUGUGGGGGGAGCACUGGUUCUGGAAAAGGUUCGUCGGCUGUUAUAACCCAGAAACUCUCGGCAACUACACUACACUCGUGGAUUGAAUAUUCAAGGACCAAAUUGACCCGAACAACAUGCAUGCUGUGAAAAUCACACUGAUGGAUAUCAAUGC